GGGCCACAAAGCGGAGACGGUUUCGUGACGUACGACCCCACACACAACUAUCUACCUACUACCUAUCUACCUUCGCCCUGCCCUGCAAAAGCUGUAAAGAUGUCUAAGGUCGCCGGACGCACGGACUGGGCCGAAGAGGAGGACGAUGAGCAGAACGUCGCCCUACCCACACAUCCGCAGAUCACCAAGAACAAAGAUGGCACCGAGACCAUUGUCACCUACAUGAUGCGCGAGGAUGGCAAAAAGAUAAAGACCACGCGGCGCAUAAAAAAGACUGUUGUCAAGACCGUCGUCAACCACGCAGUGGCUGAGCGCAAGCAUUGGGCGAAAUUCGGCCAAGAAGCGGGCAAGCCUGCGGGCCCGCAGACUGACACCACUUCAGUCGCUGAGAAUAUCGUGUUUCGUCCUCAGGCCAACUGGAAGGCGUCGGCUGAUGACAAGAGCGAGCACGAGAAGAAGAAGGCCAACUUGAAGGAUGCGAAAAUCAAGUGUCGUAUUUGCAGCGGAGACCACUGGACCACCAAGUGUCCUUUCAAGGAUACAAUGGCGCCAGAGGGCGAGGUCGGUGCAGGCGCUGCGGACCUCGACGAGCCUGAGACUGCGGGUGCUCUCGGCGGCGGCGGCUCCAGCUAUGUCCCUCCUCAUCUGCGCAACCGCGGCGGCGCUACGGGCGAGAAGAUGGGCGGCAAGUACGAGAGGGAUGACCUUGCUACGCUGCGCGUCACCAACGUCAGCGAGUUCACUGAGGAGCAAGACCUGCGGGAUAUCUUCUCUCGUUUCGGUCACGUCACUAGGGUCUUCCUUGCCAAGGACCGCGAGACUGGUCGUGCUAAGGGCUUUGCUUUUGUGAGUUUUGCCGACAGAGACGACGCUCAGAUGGCUUGCGCUAAGGUGGAUGGGUAUGGGCUGGGCCACCUCAUCUUGCGUGUCGAGUUUGCCAAGAAAUCUACUUAGGUUGCGGUUGCCUCCAUUUCUUAUAUUGCAGGUUGGUUCUUUCCUCUACCCUCAGAGGGUUAGUUCUUUCUUUUUUUUUUUUUGGUAGAUGGGGGUUGCUGCCCCAAAAGUACGACUUCAUAUCCUAUGAAAAUGCCACGCCAAUAACUUUCAUCUUUCAUCCAACAUCCAACAGACAAAGUUUGCAUUACAAGAGACAUUAAACCACGCGGCACUAUCUUUCAUCCAACGAUCGCAGUUCACGUUACAGGAGAUAUCCUCACACCACACGACAAUGUUCAUCCACACGUUGCUCACGUUCGCUCUGGGGCCCUUUUAUCAAUUUACGCCCGUUCUAGCUUUACAACCACAUCAGCUUGCCGUCGUACCAGAGACAGCCACUUGGUAUGCAUGUUA